UUUUUCCACGCCCAUUAUCCACAUCGCUUUAAUAGCGAUUGCAACACAAACUUACGAAACUAAAAUCAAUACUUUGACGUUGGCUGCUGUGAUUGUCAAUGUCAACUUUUGCUAAUCUAAACUGUGUCGACAGCUUAGACCAUUAAUAACAGGACUUGCCUCGCUAACCGUUACCCCUCUGGCAAAGAUCAAAAAUCUAUGAUCUAACGCGUUUAUAAAAACUGUUGCUAUAGAAUCGAUGUUUCUUUGUUGUAAUCGUUUUCGUCGUGUAAAGAGCUCCCUAAAAAUGCCGGUUUGUGUAGUUAAAUGGCAUAAAAAACGGCCAAAAACUUGUAGUUUAGUAAAAGAUGGAGUAACGUUUCAUUUGAAAAUAUUUAAACCUUAAUUUUAUCAAAAUUUUCCCUAUCACGUGUUUACGUACCGCGCGGCUGUAGGUAUUUAUUUCAAAAAUACGGCCGAGUUACAAUACUGCAUGUAUAUAUUUUUACUGUGGCAAUGUGUUUGUUAGUCUGUGUAAGAAUUACGCGUGUGUGUAUUGCGAGUCAAAUUUAUAGUUGUGUGUAGUGUAUAGACACAGAAUAUACUUAAUGGUGUUAAAUGUUUUCGAUGUGUGACUUUACCUCGUCCGGCAAAAAACGACAGACAUUUUUGUUGGUGAAUUUGGGUGUGAAACAAGUCCAUUCUUAUUAAUGGUCUAAGGUCGAUAGUAGUUAAAUUGAUAUUGAUAGUGACGUGACAUGUGACAUUUAGGGACAUUUGUCGUCUGUGACUAGAAUUUAUUGUAGAUGUAGGUACCUAUCAAUUAUUCUCAGUUUUACAAUUUAUUAUUAUUAUAAAUAUAUGUAUUUACAUUUUAUACAAGUAGUAAUUGUAUUAUUUCUAAUUUCUUCAGAAAAUUGAAUUACUUUGAGUGAUUUGUAAUGAUAAUAUACAUCUACAUCAUUAAAACCCUUUCUCUGGACCAAUAAACACUUGCUUACAAGAAAACUUCAAUCAAAACAAACACAUCAAGAAACUAUGCACUCUGGAGCUGAUAAAGUUGUUGUGAAAUCUGAAGUAAGCGAUGACUAUGUGCUGUUAGAUGAAAAGGUGGAAAUGAAGAUUGAAUAUGAUGAGUUGCAUCAUGCCCAGUGCUCAGUGUCUGCGGAGAGUAUUAAGUGUGAACCAGAAUCACCGGCCGAUGUUUUCCAGGAAGCUCUUCAAUGGAAACAAACUGCUUCAAGCUCCACAGCUUCUGAACCUGUGGCUAAAGAACAGGAUUUGUUGAAGUGUGAUAUUAGUUUUGGAUGCACAAUUUGUUUAGAGGAUUUUCCCCAUGAAGAGGAUUACUAUGCACACAUGAACAUGCAUCUUCAGAACAGCAAAGCUGACAGUGAAUUUGUGACAUCACGAGUGUGUGAGCCUAGUGCAGCUGUGAGCUCAGGCUGGCAUUCGCCUUACCUCAUUGAGAACAAUACAAAGGAGCCAGAUGUACAAAUUCCUUCAACGUCCAGUACACCGAUGGAGACUGAUGAUAUCGUGCCACCAACGUCUGCCAUACCUUUCGCUGUGCCACACACACCCCAUAACGCCAAAGCGCAACGACAAAGUAUGUAUAGAAAACGUAAGGCCGCGGAAAGAACUCCUGCAGAGGCAGCAGAUUUUGCAAAAGCAGCCGCCGAAAGACAACGUAGAUGCAAGCAACGUAGACUCGCCAACUCAGCUCUUGACACCGGCACGCUAGAGUCAGCCACAGUGUCUGCUCCUGUGGUAGUGGAAAGAACAGUUACUGCCCAGACCAGCGCUCAGCGACAACGUGCUUACAGACAGCGUAGAGCUGCUCAAAUUGUUUCACAAAUAAGUACUCCACCGCCUCACACAGCAGUGCAACCGGAACAAUCAACCUGGAAUAUCAAAUGGUCGUCGUCAAUAAAGAGGUUUAAAACUACAUUUCUGGACAACGAAUUUGGCCACGCUUGCUCUGUUUGCGACCGAUUGUGGUUCAAGAAUGACCUUAAAAUCAUCACUGCUGCACAACUACAGGUCAUAUCGGAUUGGUUCGUUAAGGAAAAUAGGCAACUACGCGAAGAGUAUUAUACGCAUAUUUGCAACACCUGUAGAUUUUCGCUGAACAAACAUAAGCUUCCUACCCUUGCAAAAGUGAAUGGCUUCUCAUAUCCAGAAAUACCUCCUGGCUUACCGCCACUGGAUCCAAUUAGUGAACGAUUAAUCUCACCACGUCUGCCAUUCAUGCAAGUGCGUCGUCUGCGUCAUGACUUCUCUUAUGGAAUUAUUGGUCAAGUGAUCAACGUUCCAGUUAACGUAGAAGACAUGGUAAAAUGCUUGCCCCGGCAUUUAGAUGAGGACGACGUCAUUAAUGUUAACAUCAAACGGAAUCUCGCACACAAAACAAAUUACAUCAGCAGCUACAUGUCUAAAAGGACAAUCAAAGAAUGGUUGGAUGUACUUCAAAAUUCAAGUCUAUAUCGCUUGUACGAUAUCAAAGUAGAUUUGUCAAGGCUGCAAACUGUCGUGCCACCAGAGGAAGAUUUGCAGGAUGACUCGGCUCAUCGAAUCGAAACAAUCGCCGCCGAGUGUACUCCGGAGUCAGAAAUUCUUGCUUCCAGGCAGCAUACACUACUGUGGAACGAAGAGGAUUGCCUCGACAUCGCACCAGGACAUCGGGCCAUGCCUCUGAACAUCAUUUACGACCGUCAUGCUGAAGAACUAUCAUUUCCUGCAAUAUACUACGGCCAGCCUCGUCGCUUCCACAUGAGAGUUUCAGUGACACCUUACAUGAUGGCAACCAGUGAAUUACGACGAAGUGACAGACGCGGAGCCACGCCUCAAAAAGUCUUGUACGUUGCUAUGAAGAUUCUACGUCUCCGCAUGGUAGAUGGCAUUUACAGCACAUUUCGGAAUGUGUCAACCACGGAAAACGUAACUCGACGCAUGUUGGAGGACCCGGAAUUUCUUAAAGAAUUUGUCGUUCAAAAUCUUGCCUUCAUGAAGUCAGUACCUAAUUCCGUCCAGUAUUGGGCCUCUCGCAAACGAGAUCUGUUUGCGAUGCUCCGUAAACUAGGUAAACCGACCAUAUUUCUCACUUUAAGUGCAAACGAAGUACGCUGGUUGAUAUUACUGAACUUACUCCUCAAAUUGAGUAACAAGUAUCCUGGAAAAGUUGCUGAAGAUCUAAACACGUCAGAGCGGUGCAACUUAGUGAGCGACGAUCCAGUUACGUGCUGCAUAUAUUUCCACAAACUCGUCGGUACAUUGAUGAAUAUGCUGAAGGCAAAACAAUCAUAUAAUCCAUUUGGCCAGUACUUUGUUAAAGAUUAUUUCUUUCGCAUUGAGUUCCAGCAUCGAGGAAGCCCCCACGCACACAUUUUGGUGUGGUUGAAUAAUGAUCCACACGAGGCCGUGUCAGAAAAUAUGCCAAUGACCAUCGAGCUCGUGGAGAAGCUGAGUUCUGUCGCCAAAGAAGAUAUGCCCAACGAGACCAUCUACGCCAAUCAAAUUCACAAGCACACUUUCACCUGCACGAAGCGAGGUGAGACGACUUGCAGAUUUGGGAUCCCGUACUGGCCAAUGCCUGCUACUCGAGUCUUGGUUCCAAUGCCUCAGACUGAUGGACGCCGGUCAACAUUCCAAAAAAAAUCCAAGGAGCUACGAACGUGUCUCAGCGAACGUACAUACCCUAGCAUGGAUGACUUUCUGAGGGAACAUGGUCUGACAUUUGAUGCAUAUCUUGAUAUAGUACGUUCAACCCUUCGCAGGCCAACUUUGUUGUUUAAACGUAACUUCGAUCAACUUAUGACAAACACGUUCAACCCUUACCUUGCUGGUCAAAUUAAUUCCAACAUCGAUAUUCAGUUUAUCUUAGAUGAAUACAGCUGCGCACAGUACGUCGUGGAAUACAUGAACAAAUCAGCUCGUGGAAUGGGUAACUUGAAUCGAGAGUUGACUAAAAUGAUGGAAGAACAUCCUGACCGCGAUUACACUGGUCAAUUAAAAGCAUUGAGUGUCAAACUUCUCAAUGCAGUUGAAAUGUCGGCGCAAGAAGCAGCAUGGUAUUUGUUACGACAGCCGAUGAGCGAAGCAAGCCGUCAAAUUGUGUACAUACCAACAGUGUGGCCCUCAGAGAGACAACGUUGCCGCAAACGUCGGAAACAAUUGGAUCGCGAAGGAAUCGCAGAGGACAGCACAGACGUGUGGACCAAAAACAUCAUUCAGCGGUAUGAAGAAAGACCUCCAUCUUUGCAAGAUGUAUAUUUGGCCGAGUUUGCGUCGUGGUAUGCUAACUCUCGUGAUUUCAUUGACAAUGAAGACGACUCGAACGUGCAUGAAGAUGACGAUCCUGAACCGCCGACUGGAGAAAGAACGACAUCGAGAGGAUAUCGCAAACGUCUGAUCGGUCGAAUCAUACGAUACAGAUGCUACGACAUAGAUGAAACUGUCAAUUAUCAACGUGAGAUGGUACUGCUGUACUUGCCCUUUCGCAACGAAGUCGCUGACAUUGUUGAUUGUAAUAAAUUUAUACAAUUAUUCAAUGACAACAAGGAAACUAUCAUGGAACGCAGAAAACUUUAUGAGAACAAUAUUGACAUCGACAAAGUGAUGCAAGAGCUAGAAGCAAUGAUGAUUUUGCAAAAUUCAGACACUUGUGUAUGGCCCACGAAUUCUAUGUAGGACUAAACGUCUAAUACAGCGAGUGCAAAAUGCUUGCACUCGGUUUUGUUUUGAUGUUCCCCCAAAAGCACACGUAACUCCAUUUUUGAAUAAUUUUGGGUUACUAAAAAUGAGAUCCAGACGAAAGUAUCAUUUGGCAGGUCUACUUUUCGGUGUUUUCAAUCAAGGUAAACCCAUAUACCUUCUUAAUAAAUUCACUUGGGCGGGUGAUGGUGGUGGAACGGAGCGUCGAAGCUGCCGAAAUCAAUUGCGGAUACCACCUCACCGUACUGCCGCCUUUAGAGGUUCAUUUACCUACUCCGCCACUAAAUGUUGGAAUAACAUUCCUCCUCCAUUGAAAAACCUAAAAUCUAAAUUCGCAUUUAAAAAACUUUUAAAGAAAUUUUUACUUGAAAAGCAGAUUGAAUUCCAACACCAUGUGGCGGAGUUUUCCUUCAUAUAGGUAAAAAUAUAUAAUAAAUAUUUGUAAAUACUAUAAUAUAUGAUAUAACUAUGUAAUUUUGUUUUUAGUUUUUUAAUUCACACGUUGUUACUGUUUAUUUGUAAUAAACAUUGUCUGUUUUAUUGUUUUUCCCUUUUUAUUUUUAGUUAGUUAUAAUGUAUUAUUUUAAGUUUUACUUGUAUUGUUUACUUUGGUUAAUAAGGUUGUUGUGUGCUGUGUUUGUGGCGGCACCUGGUCAACGGUUCCAACUGAAAACUAGCGCUGCAUGCUCAGCAAGAGGUAUGCUGAGUUGGGGCCCUUUAUUGGAUUAUGCCACACAUCGCAGUGUAUUGUCCUGUCAUAUUAUUUAAUAUGAAAAUAUUAUUUGUUAGCAUUAUAUGAUAUUAUGAGCAUAUUGUGUUGUGUGGCAUAAUGCUGUAAUAAAGAUUUUUUCUUUCUUUCUUUCUAAGCUGUCAAUGUCAUGUAAUAUUGUCAAAUGUCAAUAAGACAAGGUAUAGGUAAGUAAAAGAAUCAUUAAAUCAUAGACAGAGAAGCAUUAAACAAAAAAAAUCCUUAAAUUGCUUUAAAAACGCCAUAAUAUGCAGUCGGGUUUUUUGUUUUUAUUACAAUAUUUUUUUCCACGCCCAUUAUCCACAUCGCUUUAAUAGCGAUUGCAACACAAACUUACGAAACUAAAAUCAAUACUUUGACGUUGGCUGCUGUGAUUGUCAAUGUCAACUUUUGCUAAUCUAAACUGUAUCGACAGCUUAGACCAUUAAUAACAGGACUUGCCUCGCUAACCGUUACCCCUCUGGCAAAGAUCAAAAAUCUAUGAUCUAACGCGUUUAUAAAAACUGUUGCUAUAGAAUCGAUGUUUCUAUGUUGUAAUCGUUUUCGUCGUGUAAAGAGCUCCCUAAAUAUGCCGGUUUGUGUAGUUAAAUGGCAUAAAAAACGGCCAAAAACUUGUAGUUUAGUAAAAGAUGGAGUAACGUUUCAUUUGAAAAUAUUUAAACCUUAAUUUUAUCAAAAUUUUCCCUAUCACGUGUUUACGUACCGCGCGGCUGUAGGUAUUUAUUUCAAAAAUACGGUCGAGUUACAAUACUGCAUGUAUAUAUUUUUACUGUGGCAAUGUGUUUGUUAGUCUGUGUAAGAAUUACGCGUGUGUGUAUUGCGAGUCAAAUUUAUAGUUGUGUGUAGUGUAUAGACACAGAAUAUACUUAAUGGUGUUAAAUGUUUUCGAUGUGUGACUUUACCUCGUCCGGCAAAAAACGACAGACAUUUUUGUUGGUGAAUUUGGGUGUGAAACAAGUCCAUUCUUAUUAAUGGUCUAAGGUCGAUAGUAGUUAAAUUGAUAUUGAUAGUGACGUGACAUGUGACAUUUAGGGACAUUUGUCGUCUGUGACUAGAAUUUAUUGUAGGUACCUAUCAAUUAUUCUCAGUUUUACAAUUUAUUAUUAUUAUAAAUAUAUGUAUUUAAACUU